AUGUUUCUUGAACCUAGGAGAGAUAGAAGAGAACCUAGAUCUCCAUCAAAAGGAAAAGGCAAGAAGCAUACUUCUAUAGGCUCUUCAUCUGGAAGAAGAUCGAGUUCCAGUAACCUUGGGUACAAUGAUUCAUCUACUAGCACUCAAGGUUUUUAUCCACCAGAACAACCUUCAUAUUUUCAACCUUCACAUGGUUAUCCACAACCAUAUGGUUAUUAUCCACCAUUUCCUAAUUACGGUGUGCCAUACCAGCCUCAAAUGCAUCCUCCACCACCAAUGUAUCACCCACCUCCCCCUCUCAUGUAUCCUCCUCCUCAAAUAUAUCCUCCAUAUCAAUUAUAUGAAAACCAACGUGAAAAUCAUAGAAUGUUUAUAUCUUCACCAUCUUCAAAGCUGUCAAGAAAUAUUGAAGACCUCUCACGGAAAGAUGCUGGACCAACUGGUGCUACAAACCGGAAUGUUAAGAGAGCUAGGAUGGAGGAACCAGUUCGAACGGUUCCGGUGAAUACUGUUAGACCACAAGCUUGUGGCGAUUGUGCGCGAGGUGGACCGUCACCGUCAAGAGGUCAUGGCCGAGGUCGCGGUGGCAAUGACCAUGGACGUGGGGCACCUGGAAAGGGUGUUGUUAACAUUGAGGCUCGUCAGCCAGCUUUGGUAUAUGCUGCUCGUCGCCGCGAAGAGGGUGACGAAGCUGACGUCAUAACCGCUACGUUUCUUAUUUCUAGCAUACCGUAUACUGCCUUGGUGGAUGUUGGAUCUACUCGGUCCUAUGUUGUAUGUGCCAUAUCUGGGUCGUUGGAAAAGGCUAAGAUAGCCGAAGAAGUGAAGCAAGCUGAACGAUUGAACCGCGACAGGGAUCGAAAUCGGUUCAGGAGAGAUGCUGGACCAACUGGUGCUGCAAACCAGAAUGAACAUAAGAUCAGGGAUUGUUCUAAGAGGCUAGCUCAGGCUCAAGUGGUUGAACAAAAGGCUGUACAACCAGUGCAAACAGCGCGAGGUGGACUGUCGCCGUCGAGAGGUCAUGGCCGAGGUCGCAGUGGCAAUGGCCAUGGACGUGGGGCACCCGCAAGGGUGCUUUAUAUCUGA